AAGAAAUUAAUUACUAGUACUAAGAAAGAAUACGAUUUUCUCACUUGAAAGAAAUAAUUGUGCAUAUUGUCAUAUUUUAUAUCCACACAGUAAGUGCGCCCCGUCAGCAUCGUUCCAUAUCUUUUUGCUCCAAGACGUGGAUUACAAAAUCGGUUUGACAGGCUCGGGCUUUGUGUGUCAUAAUUGUCACACUGGAUACGUUAAUGACUCCAGAUGUUUAAAUUGCAGUCUUUGUGUACCUGGUACCUACAGAGGCAAGCAUGACUCCUGUGAAAUGUGUCCGGCAGGAGGUUUUUACCAGGAUCAAAUGGGGCAAAUUGAUUGUAAAACAUGCAGUAAUGGUACUUUUGUCUCCGAGAAAGAUCGUCCUGGUACAAGUGCCGUUAGCUGCCGGGCAUGCCCAUAUGGAACUCAAUCGAAUGUGACCGCUGGUUAUCGUGCAUGCAGAUGCCUGCGCAAUUUAUAUCGCUUGGAUCGUUUUGGAGCCUGUUCAGCCUGUCCCGCCUAUGGUUUUGUCUGUGAGAACGAUACAGCGAUACUUGCGCCGAAUUACUUCUGGAAAUGGUCUGACCAAACUCUGAAGGAGCGUUAUGGGAGCUUUGUUAACAACAUCCACACUUUUGGACCUGAAUACAACAACACCUUUUCCACGUUUACGGCUUCACUACCAAAACCAAUAAAAUGUCCUCAUGCCAAUUCCUGCAAGGGAGGGAUUAACUCAGAAUGCCAAAAAGGAUAUAAAGGGAUCUUGUGUGCUUCUUGUACAAACGGCUUUUACUUCCGAUUUAACAACUGUCUGAAAUGUCCACGGUUAACUGUCACAAUAAUUUCAUCCAUUUUGUUGGUUGUACUCUUUGUUGCUGUGUUUCUGAUGGUUCUUUGGGGAGACUCGAAGCAGACUGAGAAUGAUCGAACCAUUGCAGAUAUCAUCAUGUCCUGCUUUAAAAUAGUGAUUGGAUUUUACCAAGUUAUUGCCGGUAUCUUCUCGGCGUUGACGAGAGUUCGAUGGCCGGUAGCUUUGAUCUCUAUGGAAAAAUAUCUCAACUUGUUCGAAGGAAAUAUUUUGCAGUUUGCCCCAUUAAGCUGCAUUCAUUCUCAAUUGCGGAUGGAUCAGUUUGCCAAAUUCCUAGGGAUCAUUUCUCUGAAUGUUGUUGUUGUUUUCAUAAUUCUUCUUUAUCUUUUCCUCAAAAAGAGAUACGUCAAAACGAAGGUGGAUAUUCCUGAUAGCGAGAAACUACGUGCAGUUUCAAGUUUGAAGAAAUCCUGCUAUCGGAACAUUUUUCUGUUUCUACUGACUUCUUACUCGACAACAAGUAAAACAAUUAUUCAAACUCUGCCUCUUCCUGGCGCAUGUGUAGAGACGUGUUUCACAGAUGAAAAGGGUCAAUGUAAUUUCUUCCUGAGAGCGGACUACUCCAUACAAUGUUUUACUCCUCGUCACAACUUUUUCUGGCCCAUUGCUGCUGUGUUUGCAUUUUAUCCUUUGGGAUUUCCUCUUCUGGUGUUGUCUCUCAUGUACAAAUACCGUGAGUCACAGGAAGAAGAAGAAAUUUCUUUUGGCUUGAAAGUUUUCUUUGAAAACUAUAAGAAGAAAUUUUGGUUCUGGGAGAUAACAGAGAUGUAUCGUAAGCUAAUUCUUAUUUCACUGGUGUUUCUUUUCGGAUCUGAAAGUCCCUCUCAAAUUAGCUUCACUAUGUUAACAGUGAGCGCAUUUGGAGUAGCGUACACCUUCUUUCGACCAAUAAAAGGAAAGUUUGAAGAUCGACUGCAAACGUUUGUGCUGUGGGUCAUUUUCUUUGAUGUUUGCCUUGGUGUAGUAUAUACAAACUGGAGACCAGACCACCAGGACCAGAUGGAGAACGACUCCGUCGUUUUGAAUGUCAUUUUUGUGCUCCUUAACGCCUCUGUGUUGUUAUUUGCCAUUGGUAAGUACAUGGGCUAAAGUGGUAUUCUUACUAGACUUUAUUAGUAUUCUUUAGGUACCUUUCACUUUCUUUGUCGGUUUUGACUAUGUCUGAACCAGUUUUGGUGUGUUUUUUUAUACAUUUUUUUAAUGAUGUAAUCCAAGAUGAGGAAAUAUAAGAAGAUGGCGACCGUUCCUGAAUAAUAAUUAUGACGUUGUUUCCACGUUAUAUAUGGGUAAUUAGGGAGUUUAAGUAACCACGAAGGCAACGGCGAGAAAAACGUCGAUUAACAAAAUGACUUUAUAUUUUAAUUACGAAUCUCAAGAUACUCUAAAGUCAUUAAGUUUUUUUCUCACUGUCAAAACCAUUACGAGUCUGUAUCUGGGACACAGCGAUAAUCUUGAAAUCAAAAGUUCAAAAAAUAAGCCUUUGUGGUUCACGUUCUCCAGACAAUGCAGAAUUCGGUCAUUUCACGUUGUUGUGUUGCAGAGGACGACAAGGAAAUGUACCAUGAAUCAUAAUGUCAUCCGUGCACAGCUCCCGAGGAAGGGACUACCGUAUAACAAGAAAAGAUUUUGAAAAGAACCUCUAAGAGGUACCAAGAUCUUGUUUUGUGGGCAUUGCUUGAAAUGUUUUUCACCCCUAAGAGGUGCUUAGUCCUUUCCGCUCCGACCGAGGCAUAGGGCCACCGCUGCACCUUUCCAUCGGACAAGGUUUUCUGCAGUCCCUUUCGCUUGAUUCCAUGUCAUCCCAAGUCCUCAUCCUUCUUCUCUACAGUCCUCCUCCAUGACUUCUUCGGUAUGCCUUUCCUACUAGCCCCAUGAAUGUUCCACUCAAGGGACAGUUGGGUACAUGUUGGUGGCAGGUUUCCUCAGAGUGUGGCCAAUCCAUCUCCAUUUCCGAUGGUGAUUUCAAUUCUCUCCUGCCUGGUGCGCUGCCACAACUCCUCACUGGAGAUCUUCCCUGGCCACCACACCCCUAAGAUGUACCGGUGCCUCCGGUUGAUGAAGGUCUGGAUUUGGGCGUUGAUCUUCUUUGUUAGUCUCCAGAUCUCGGAACCAUAAAGCAGAACCGACUUCACAUUGCAAUUGAAGAUCCUCGUCACAGAGAGAUGAACUUUGAUCUCCAUAUUGGUCUUAAAAUGGAGAAGGCAGCAUGUGACUUCCUGCACCUAACCUCAACAUCUUCCUCAGUGUCGCCAGUGGUUAUAAGGCCUCCCACGUAUGUGAAGGCUGUUACCCGCACCAGGAUCACUCAAGUCCAGCUGAUGUUACCAGUGUUUGCUGGGGGACCGAAUUCUCAUCUCCUUGGCUUUUGUUACAUUUACCUUGAGCCCGACCCUUGCAGCUUGUGCUUGUGGUGCCUCGAACUUCUGACGCAUGUGGGCGAUCUUCUAGCUCAGCAAAACCAUGUCGUCCACAAUGUCCAAGUCCUAUAACGUCCGCAGUAGGGUAAGUUGGAUCCUGUCUCAUUAUCACCAAGGAUGUGACGAGAUACCCAAUCUAGCGCGACGAGGAAGAGAAGGGAGCUGAGCAGGCAUCCCUGGCGGACUCCAUUACUCCAUAACUCAUGCUCAAGACCCUUGCUGGGAAGCCAUCGUAAAAGACCCGGAUCAUCCUCACGAUUUUUCUCAGGGAUUCCGUAGUGCUGCAAGAUCUUCCAAAGCACCUCCCAAUCCAAAGGAUCAAAGGACUUUCCAAAGUCUACAAAAAGCAGAUAUAGCCCAGUGUUCCAUUCCAAGGUCUGCUCCACGAUAAUCCUCAGUGUAGCAGUCUGUUCACAGCAGGAUAGCGAAAUGCUGCUGGCUUAUCCCGAAUUCUGUCAUCAAGAGAAUCCUUCAUCCUUUCUAGAAUGAUCUUCCAAAGAACUUUGCUUUCAACAGAGAGGAGCAAGAUGCCUCUUCAGUUCUUAUACGGGGACAGAACUCCAUUCUUGGG